AUGAGCCUUCUUGAUCAGCUCUGGGACGACACCGUUGCUGGUCCCCUACCGGACAGCGGCCUCGGCAAGCUCCGGAAGAAACCGAGCUUCGGUCUCCGGCCAAACUCCGGCAAGGAAUCUGAUGGUGGUAGCGGUAGCGUGAUGAGAUCGUAUGAUGGGGGCGCGACGGUGGAGGAGACGAAGAAAGUGACACGGAGUAUUAUGAUUGUAAGACCUCCGGGGUACCAGAAUAAUGGUUCGUCUGCUACACCCCCGGCUUCACCGGCUGGUUCUACUCCUCCGGUGUCUCCUUUUUCUGGAAGCAGAGAGUCCUUUCGGUUUCGAAGGAGGUCUACAUCGGACGCAUACGAGAAGACAACAGAGGUUGGACCCAGAGGUCCUAGUUCUCCUUACGGCGUGUGA